AUGUUGUCAAAGACAAGAUUCUUUUUCACAAAGAACUCACUUGUGUUGAACACUUUACAACAGAAUAAGGGAUGUAGAUUAUCUAUUGCGGCAAGAGCUGCUAGACCUACAUCUAAACUUAUCCCUCUGUUUAAAUUUUCAAGAAUAUUCAACAAUUUGAGUAAAAGAAAAUAUUCUACUAUUGCUCAAACUGCUGAAUCAAGUUUGCCAAAAACUGAAUUUUUCAAUACUGCAGCAAAGUCCGCUCCACGUAUUGUUCCACCAAAGUCCGUUGCCUAUUGGUUAUUAGGAACUUCUGGAUUAGUUUUUGGUAUCGUUGUUUUGGGAGGUUUAACCAGAUUGACUGAAUCAGGUUUGUCCAUCACUGAAUGGAAACCAGUUACCGGUGCAAUCCCACCAUUAAAUGAACAGGAAUGGCAAGAAGAAUUUGACAAGUAUAAGGAUUCUCCUGAAUUUAAACAAUUAAACUCCCAUAUCACUUUAGAAGAAUUUAAAUUUAUUUUCUCCAUGGAAUGGGGUCAUAGAUUAGUUGGUAGAUGUAUUGGUGCAUUUUUCAUUCUUCCAGCACUUUAUUUCUAUGCUCGCGGUAAAUUCACUCCAAGAGUUACUAAACGUGUUGGUAUUCUUACUGGGUUAUUGGGAUUACAAGGUUUCAUUGGUUGGUGGAUGGUUAAAUCUGGAUUGGAUGAAGAACAAUUAGCUGAAAGAAAAUCUAAACCAACUGUUUCACAAUAUAGAUUGACUACACAUUUAAGUGCUGCUUUCUUGAUGUAUUUGGGUGUUUUAUGGACUGCGUUUGAAAUCUUAAAUGAAAACAAACUAGUGAAAAUGUCAAAGAAAGUUCCUGAAACUGCUCAAAAAAUCUUGGCUCAAUUGAAUAAUCCAGCAUUGAAAACUACUAGAAACAUUGGUGGUGCUUUGUUGGUGUUGACUUUUAUUACUGCUAUGUCUGGUGGUAUGGUUGCUGGUUUAGAUGCUGGUUUAAUCUACAAUACUUUCCCACAUAUGGGUGAUGAUUGGCUUCCAAGUUCAGGUGAACUUAUGUCUCCAGUAUAUGCCAGAAAAGAGGAUAAAUCUGAUCUUUGGUGGAGAAAUAUCUUAGAAAACCCAACCACUGUUCAAUUAGUUCAUCGUAUUUUUGCAACCACUACAUUUUUCUCAGUUUUAGCUGCCCACAUGUAUGUCAACAGAAACAAAGCCAUUAUUCCUGUUCCGGCCAAAAGAAUGAUGCAUGCUGUUAUGGGUGUCGCUACAUUACAAGUUGCUUUGGGUAUUACUACUUUGAUUUAUUUGGUUCCAAUUCCAUUGGCAGCAUUACAUCAAGCUGGUGCAUUGGCUUUGUUGACUGCUUCAUUGGCCUUUUCAGCAAAAUUGAAGAAACCAAGACCUCAAUUUGUGCAAUAUAUUAAUAAUUCUAUGAAAAGCCAAUUAUUGAAAGUUAAAGUUUAG